GGGAAGUCCCAGGGGCCUGUAAAUCUGUAACUCUCCCACAGAGCUGCCUCGGUUCAGGACUCCAUAGGUUGACAGGGCACAGGUGACAGGGCCGGGGAACGAUGGAGCAGUUCGGGGCGGCGGCGGCCGGCGCCGGAGGCGGCAGCGAGGAACCAGGUGGGGGUCGGAGCAACAAGCGGAACGCUGGGAACCGGGCCGCCAACGAAGACGAAACGAAAAACAAACCCAAAUUGAACAUUCAAAUAAAAACUUUGGCAGAUGAUGUGCGUGACCGAAUUACAAGUUUUAGAAAAUCUACUGUCAAAAAAGAAAAACUUCUUAUUCAGCAUCCGAUUGAUUCUCCAGUUGCGAUGAGUGACUUUCCAGUAGCUCAGCCAUUAGCUGAUGAACGAUCUUUGAAUUUGUCUGAAAAGGAAGUACUGGAUCUCUUUGAAAAAAUGAUGGAGGAUAUGAACCUUAAUGAAGAACGGAAAGCUCCUUUGCGAAAUAAAGACUUUACCAUCAAGCGUGAGAUGGUUGGCCAGUAUAUUUCUGCUACUACCAAAUCUAUAGUUGGAAGUAAAGUUAUGGGCGGACUGAAAAACAGCAAACAUGAGUGUACCCUGUCUUCCCAAGAAUAUGUUCAUGAAUUAAGGUCUGGUAUUACAGAUGAGAAACUUCUGAAUUGUCUAGAAUCCUUGAGGGUUUCUUUAACCAGCAAUCCUGUCAGUUGGGUUAACAAUUUUGGCCAUGAAGGUCUUGGACUCUUAUUGGAUGAACUGGAAAAGCUUCUGGACAAGAAACAACAAGAGCACAUUGACAAGAAGAACCAGUAUAAACUUAUCCAAUGCCUCAAAGCAUUUAUGAAUAAUAAGUUUGGAUUGCAGAGAAUUCUUGGAGAUGAAAGAAGUCUGUUACUCUUGGCAAGAGCCAUUGACCCCAAGCAAGCAAACAUGAUGACUGAAAUAGUCAAAAUACUUUCUGCUAUCUGCAUUGUUGGUGAAGACAGCAUCCUAGAUAAGCUUUUAGGAGCGAUCACGACAGCAGCAGAAAGGAAUAAUCGGGAACGUUUUUCAACCAUUGUUGAGGGAUUAGAAAAUCACGAAGCCUUACAAUUACAGGUGGCCUGCAUGCAAUUUAUAAAUGCCCUUGUAACUUUUCCUUAUGAUCUUGAUUUUCGAAUACAUUUAAGGAAUGAAUUUCUCCGUUCUGGACUGAAAGUAAUGUUACCAGAUCUAAAAGAAAAAGCCAAUGAUGAGCUUGACAUUCAGCUGAGAGUAUUUGACGAGAACAAAGAGGACGACCUAACUGAAUUAUCACACCGUCUCAAUGACAUUCGAGCAGAAAUGGAUGAUAUGAAUGAAGUAUACCAUCUUCUGUCUAAUAUGCUGAAUGGCACUCCUGCGGAAAGUUACUUAUUAUCUAUUCUACAGCAUUUUUUGCUCAUCCGAAAUGACUAUUAUAUCAGGCCUCAGUAUUACAAAAUAAUUGAGGAGUGUGUUUCACAGAUUGUGCUGCACUGCAGUGGUAUGGACCCAGACUUUAAGUAUAGGCAGAGAUUAGACAUUGAUCUCACACAUCUGAUAGAUUCUUGCGUGAAUAAAGCAAAAGUGGAAGAAAGUGAACAAAAAGCAGUGGAGUUUUCAAAGAAGUUCGAUGAAGAAUUCACAGCUCGACAGCAAGCUCAAGCUGAGCUUCAAAAAAAAGAAGAAAAAAUCAAAGAGCUUGAAAUAGAAAUCCAACAACUUCGAACCCAGGGUGCAUCAGGAAUUCCUCCUCCAGCACCUUCAUUACCUUGUGUACCACCACCUCCACCUCCACCCCCUCUACCUGGAGCAGGACCUCCUCCACCUCCUCCUCCUCCUCCACUUCCUUCAGCUGGAGUGAGUGGUGUACCUCCACCACCACCACCUUUGUUCAUGGGACCUCCUCUACCGCCACCACUAGGAGGAGUUCCUCUUCCCCCAGGAGGACCAAUUGAUCUACCUUAUGGAAUGAAACAGAAAAAGAUAUAUAAGCCUGAGGUGUCCAUGAAAAGAAUCAAUUGGUCGAAGGUUGAGCCCAGAGAAUUGUCUGAGAACUGUUUUUGGUUGAAAGUUAAGGAAGACAAGUUUGAAAAUCCAGAUCUUUUUGCACAAUUGGCACUGAAUUUUGCUACACAGAAGAAAGCUCCGAAGAAUGUAGAUGCUUCCGAAGAAAAGAAGACUGGGCCUCCAAAAAAAAAGAAGGAAUUGCGAAUUAUAGAUCCCAAAACUGCGCAGAAUUUGUCUAUAUUCCUUGGAUCAUACCGCAUGCCCUAUGUAGAUAUAAGAAACAUUAUUCUGGAAGUUAAUGAAGACAUGUUGAGUGAGGCCUUAAUUCAGAACCUUGUAAAGUACCUCCCUGAGCAGAAGGUACUCAAUGAAUUAGCACAGCUGAAAAAUGAAUAUGAUGACCUCUGUGAGCCUGAACAAUUUGGAGUUGUGAUGAGUUCAGUAAAAAUGUUACAGCCUCGUCUCAAUAGCAUUCUUUUCAAGCUCACAUUUGAAGAGCACGUAAACAACAUCAAACCAAGCAUCAUAGCAGUGACUCUCGCCUGUGAAGAACUGAAGAAAAGCGAAAGCUUUAACAAACUUUUAGAGUUAGUUCUUUUGAUUGGAAACUACAUGAACUCUGGCUCAAGAAAUGCACAGUCAUUGGGCUUUAAGAUCAACUUCCUCAGUAAGAUUAGAGAUACUAAAUCAGCAGAUCAGAAAACAACCCUUUUGCAUUUUCUUGCCGAAAUUUGUGAGGAAAAAUACCGGGAUAUCCUGAAAUUUCCUGAAGAACUGGAGCAUGUUGAAAGUGCAAGCAAAGUUUCAGCUCAGAUUCUCAAGAGCAACCUUUACUCAAUGGAACAACAAAUCAUUCAUCUGGAGCGUGACAUCAAGCAAUUCCCCAAGUCAGAAAAUCUACAUGAUCAGUUUGUGGAAAAGAUGACAAGCUUUACAAAGAGCGCCAGAGACCAAUAUGACAAACUCUUCACCAUGUACAACAACAUGCUAAAGCUCUAUGAGAAUCUCGGAGAAUAUUUCAUUUUUGACUCUAAGACAGUGGACAUAGAAGAGUUUUUUGGUGAUCUCAGCAACUUCCGAACUUUGUUUUUGGAGGCAGUGAAAGAAAACAAUAAAAGAAGGGAAAUGGAAGAAAAGACCAAGAGGGCCAAACUUGCCAAAGAAAAGGCUGAACAAGAAAAGUUGGAACGCCAGAAGAAGAAGAAGCAGCUCAUCGAUAUGAACAAAGAGGGUGAUGAGACUGGCGUGAUGGAUAAUCUUCUAGAAGCCCUACAAUCGGGUGCCGCAUUCCGAGACCGCAGAAAGCGGAUUCCAAGGAAUCCAGAUAACAGACGGGUCCCUUUGGAAAGGUCACGCUCUCGCCACAAUGGAGGUAUCGCAUCUAAGUGAUUCUUGAUGCCAAAGAGUUUGAGAAAUGUUGAAGUAAACACAAAUUCUACAUUCUGAGAAGAACAAAACGUGCACUCAAGAGAUGGAGAGGAAAUCAGUGUCUUUCGGCCAAGAUCAAGCUAAGCUGGAUGAAAUCAUGUGCGUUUGUCAAACUACUGCCAGACUCCUCCCACAAGUAUACUACUAUGAACACCAUUGUCUGGAUUAGAACAAAAGUGUGUUCCUUUUGAGUGUCCUGAUGUGUGUUAUUCACUGUUGUGUGUAAUCUGAUGUCACCAUGAUGAAAAUAUAAGACACUGAAGAGAACAAAGAAUGUUUAAAAGCAUUUCAGUUGGUCAAAAUUGUACAAACUGGCCCCAAAUUUCAGGUCACCACCUUUCAAAAGAAGGAAAGAGAAGUAAAAGGCAAGUAAGCAAGAAUUAGUCAACGUCCGGUUCUGACCUUGGCCGUAUGCAGGCAGAAUAGACCAAUAAAAAUGAACACGUCUAUGAUUUUGGACAGGCACACACAGUGUGUGCUCUGUCCGAGUAGCCAUUUUGGGAACUAAAAAAAAAAAAAAAAGAAAGAAAGAAGCUCUACUUGCCCUCCGUCAAGUUAUUUAGAAUCUUAUCUCAAGUGAAAGCUGAUGGAUUCAUCUGCUUGGGCUGAAAUUAAAUUUAUCAUUAAUCUAGAGUUACAGCCUGAUAUUGCAGGCACUUAUCGUUGCUAAAAAUAAACCAAAGUUUGGCAGAAUCAGUCACAGAAAGUGAUUUCAACUUUAUUUAAAGAGGUAUUUUCUAAUUAUGCAUAUGCACCUACUUUGUACAAACACUUUAUAAUGGCUAUUUUUGUGAACGUAAAUCACAUUUUAAUGUUUAUGCUAGGGAAGAAUCUGAAAAUUCUAUGACCUUUGUUUAAAUUUUAAAACUCAAAUAGUGAUUCCUGUCCUCUCUGGUUUUAUUACCCAUUUCGCUGCUUCGUUCUUCCUAGACCCCCUCGAAGGCAGGGAAUCGAGUGCUAGAAGACCUGAGAGAGAAAAAAAUUCUCUCUGCAGGAGGCAGCAGAAAACUGUCUGAAAGGUCAAUUGUUUUAUCUCACUUGCUACUCCCCUUUCCAAUUCUGCUUUGGUGGUCUGAGGAAGAAGAGAAAUAGAAAUUCUAUGUAUGUACGUGUAUAUAUGUGUAUAUAUUUAUAGCUCUUGCUACAAUGAUUCCAGAUCCUAGUAGCAAAGAGAACUCCUCAAGCAUCGUCAGGCUCACCACAUUUUAUGAACAAAUUAGAAUGAUACUACCAAAACAUCACUGGGAUCGGGUGGGGCUGGGGGAGCAGGGUGAAACCAAACUCUGCAUUUGUCUUAAAUAGAUGACACAGUGAAAGAGAUGCUUAGCUUGUCUAUUACUUUCAGAUAUGCCUUGAAUAAAAUGUGGGAUAAUUUCUCUGGAGUGCAAUUUUAAGGAUAAUGCCAAGGAUUGUAAUUAUUAUAAAAGAUUUCUUAUAUGUAUAUUUCUUAUAUAGAAAAUACUAUUUCUACUCCCCCAUGGCACAUUAUAGACAUUCGAAAAGAACAAAUGACUCAUUUGGCAGGCAAGUCACCCUCUGGAAAAAAGUAUAAACAAGUGACCGCCAGCUUAUGUACCUGUACAUCCAUGUGUCAUGAUUUCAACUACUAUCUUUCCCUCCAGUAUCUUCUUCAUCAGAUAUUAUGUCCCAAAGCUCUGAAGCUGCUACGAUAGAAACACCAAUAAAAGUAACAAUACCUAAGAUGUUAUAGUUUUAUCCUAUCUUGAAAAAAAUGCACAAAAACUGAAGGGAGAUAGCAACUUCACACUUUUUUUUAACAAUAAAAGUUUAGAUUCUAUUAACUUA